AUGGUCGCCAUAGGCAGCCUUUUGUUCUGCGAUGCCUGCGGCUCGCUUCUCCCUCGCAUAGUCCCGGGACAGAACAAAGAUGACCUGGUCAAAUGCGAAGAUUGCUUCCAACACACGAAGGACACCUCCUCCAAAGUGAUAACGUCCCACUCCAAGCCCAGUGCCUUUCCUUCGGCCUUGCGAUCGAAACACUCUGAGGUGCAGAGCAUCAACGCAGAGGAUCUGCAAGUGGAGGCCGUCAUUGCACGGGAUUGUCCAAACUGUCACCGUUCGGAAAUGUUCUAUCAUACGAAGCAAUUGCGUAGUGCCGAUGAAGGUACCACCGUGUUUUAUCGAUGCGAAUGCGGCUUUAAGGAUGUUCAGAACAACUAA